UUUUCAAGUAGAAGAAGAGUAGGUAUACACUUAUUAUAGCUUUGUGCGAAAUCGAACUCGUUUUCAUUACAAUUUUUCGCACAUCCACGAUUUGAGUAUACAAUUCCAUAAGUUAAUAAUAACGGAAUGCGGUGCUGGUUUCUGACUAAUAGAAUAUCUGCAUAUUGUGCAAACCUGUUUGGAGGAGGAGAACCUGAAGAUUUAUAAUGCGACUUUCAGUAGUUAAGAAUGGGGAUUUCAAUCCACAGAAAAAUGUUAUCUUUGUGGAUUCCCAAGUUCAACCAUGCCUUCUAUAAAACUUCAUUAGUAUCAAUGUUGUUGAGUAAUUCUCAUGUUUGUCAAUAACAAGUGCUAAUUUCAAUCAGGAUACCUAAUAUGUUUUUCCGUAUUCUUCUAUCAGCGAUUUUCGCUAUUUGUUUUGUUAACGGUUUGGAAGAAGGUGAGGAAUGCACCUUAACAAGUACUGGCCAACAAGGGAUCUGCAAAACAAUACUGAGUUGUAAAGCAGCUUUAGAUGAAAUUAAGCAUCAAAAAUUCCCGCAGACAUGUGGAUUCGCUGGAUCUGUUCCAAGAGUAUGUUGCGCUGAAGGUGGUCCUCCAAGAGAUAUAUCUACGACAACAACAACAAAAAGGACUACCACCACCAGAAAAGUGACACUACCAACAAGAGGGGUUACCAAGAAGCCUUCGAAUGUGAGCCUUGUGAAUCCUUAUAAAGUAAACGAAGCGGGAUAUAAAGCCUUUGAGAAAUGUGUAGAGUAUUCGAAAUUAGUAGUCACUUAUAAAAAACCCCCAAUUUUGAUCAUCGAUAAACAGGAGAUAAAGGAGAACACAUGCGGGUUCAGAGUGGUUCCUUUGAUUGUGGGAGGAGAGCUUGCCAAUCGGAGAGAAUUUCCACAUAUGGCUCUCGUAGGAUACGACUCUGGAGAUAGCGUGGAGUGGCUUUGUGGAGGGAGUUUAAUAAGUGAAAAUUUUGUCCUCACAGCGGGACACUGCUUGAUAUCCAAAGAAUAUGGAAAUGCCAGUCAAGUUAGGCUGGGAGUCACUGAAAUCAACAAUCCUAGUAACAGACAAGACAGAAGAGUCAUAGAAAUAAUCAAGCAUCCGGGUUAUUCACCGCCAUCUCUCUACUACGAUAUGGGCCUUUUGAGGCUGGAGAAAAGUGUUAAAUUUGACAUAUAUGUAAGACCUGCUUGUUUACACCACUCUAAGAAUCCACUGGGCGAGAAGGCCAUAGCUACAGGUUGGGGAAAAACUGACUUCGUGGGCUAUUCUAGUGAUAAAUUGUUGAAAGUCACCCUAGGCUUGUCGAAUCCUGUAACAUGUUCAGAAGCGUUCAUCAGAGUUUCACAGCAGAAGUUGGAGAGAGGAAUCGACGAUGAAAUUAUGGUUUGUGCUGGAUAUACUGGUAAAGAUACCUGUCAGGGCGAUUCUGGCGGUCCUCUGCAAAUAUACAGUCCAAUUGACUGCAUGUACGAAGUCAUAGGCGUAACUUCAUUUGGAAAAGCUUGUGGCAUAGGCAAGAGUCCAGGAGUUUACACAAGAGUAUCCCAUUUCAUCGAUUGGCUGGAAAAAAUAGUUUUCACAUAAUAAUCCUUAUGAAAACUGAAUAUACAUGUUACUAACAUGAAUUGAUCUAUUUGGAAAAAUACUAAAUACUAAAUUAUUUACUUUUUACAACAUAUAGGAAAUAAAUAAAUAAUAAUAUGAUAUAAUAAAUACCAACGUAGCUAAUUA